AUGCAACCCCCGGAGCAUCGGGUUUACCUAUUACUGUACUCCGUAGUAGUUACAGUACUGAACGCUCCCACUCGCCGUGUUGGGCCCCAACUAACUGCUACAAACCCUGAGCCUGGAGAGUCGCAAUUAGCACGUCGCUUGCUCAGGAUUGUGAUAACGAGGCUUGGUGAUGAUGAUGAUGAUGAUGAUGAUGAUGAUGAUGAUGAUAAAUACGCGGUAUUUUCUACUACGCCGGCUCAGUUAGCCGAACCUCGAACUCAAUAUUUACAACAGUUAUUAUUAUAUUUGCCGCCCAAGAGAGCAUUCAACAAUAAUGACCUCACACCCUUGCGCUAUCUACUUCGUCACAGUGAAAUCGAAUAA